AGUUCUUCUCUGUCUGGGGUUUUGAAUGUGGGUUCCCUCACACAUUUUUCUUCCAUUCCCAUUUCCAUCUCCUCCUUUGAUUUUUUGUCUCUUUGAAGGGUCUAUUCACUCAAUACCCAGCUUGGAAAACUGAGUUUUGUUGCAAUGGAAGCAGAUGAAAUUGACGCAUAUGUCGGUGGGGGAAUUGGGCAGUCGUUCAAGAACAUGACCACCAUGAUCUGCAUACCUGCCAAUCGAAUUCGCUCUCAUGGGGUUUUCCUCGGAUCAAACCCUUUGGAGUACUCUGUCCCUCUUCUUCUAAUGCAGUUGGUUAUAUGUACAGGGGUCAUUAUGUUGUUUUCUCAGCUCCUCAAGCCCCUCGGCCAACCCCUCAUCGUCUCCCAAAUCUUGGGCGGUUUGUUUCUAGGUUCUUCAAUUCUGGGUCAGUUCAAGGAAUUCAAAGAAACCUUUUUCCCCGAGAGGGGAUUCAUAUUACUUGAUAUAGUAUCUUCAUUUGGAUAUAUAUUUUACUUCUUCCUCAUUGGUGUGCAAAUAGAUCCUUCCAUAGUAAAGAAGAUUGACAAGAGAGCAUUUGCUGUUGGAUUGUGUACCGUGGCUUUACCUAUGGUUCUUGCUAACAUUUGCAUUGUAAACUUCAUGAAUAGUGUGGAUCCACAAAUCGCCAAAUCCUUUCCCAUGGUUGUUGCAGCAGAGACCUUUAUUAGCUUUCCCACCAUUGCUUUCUUUCUCUCUGGGCUUCAUAGAAUGAACUCUGAGUUUGGGACAAUUGCUUUGGCAUCUUCCAUGGCUUCUGCUUUGUGCAGCUAUUGCGUUAUGGUACUAGGACAUCUAUUGACUGCAACAAAUGCUGUCAGAUAUGACAUCUUAUCAAUGACUUUUGCUUAUGUGAUUGUCAUAGCCUUCAUAGUUUAUGCAUUUCGACAAGUCAUUAAGUGGAUGAUGAAGCACAAUCCAGUUGGACAGCCAUUAAAAGAGGCCUAUCUGAUUACCUUGCUUUUAGGGGUGUUGGUGACUGGCUUCUGUUGCCAGGCAACAGGUUUGUACUUACAUUUUGGUCCCCUUGUACUUGGGAUUGCAAUACCUCCAGGGCCUCCCGUUGGAUCAACAUUGGUAGAGAGACUUCAUUGCAUCACCUCUUGGAUUUUCAUGCCAAUCUUCUUUGUCAAAAUAGGCUGGGUUAUCAAUAUCUUUAUCAUCAAACUAAAAAAUUUGUUAGUCUUGUCAUUCGUUAUUUUUGUUACUACGUUGGGGAAGUUUUUGGGUGCCUUUAUGAUUUCAAUCUACUUCAAACUGCCUGUGAGAGAUGCCGUAUCGCUCGGCCUCAUCUUGAAUAGUCAAGGAGCUUUGGAGCUUCGUUUGUUGGAUGCGAGGAAUAAGGAUAAGUUGUUAGAUAAUGAAACAUUUUCAGUUAUGUGCAUAUGCAUGGUGAUUUCGAUUGCAGUUAUCACUCCCAUAAUGAGAUAUCUCGAUGAUCCUUCAAGAAAGUAUGUAGUUUACAGCAGGAGAACAAUGAUGCACUUGAGACCGGAUGGUGAUCUCCAUGUGUUAGUUUGCAUUCAUGACCAAGAUGAUGUUCCAAAUGCAAUUAAACUUCUUGACGCCUUGAAUCCAACGAGACGAAGCCAUCUUAUUAUCCACAUGCUUCAUCUUGUUGAGCUUCUUGGCCGAGCUAACCCACAAUUCAUUGCCCACAAACUUACGAAGGUAGGUACUUCAGGGUCCUGCCAUUCUGAGCAUAUCGUUAAUGCCUUCAAAUACUUUGGACAAAGCAAUCGUGACGUGGUUUCAGUUUAUCCCUUCACUGUUAUAUCACAUAUUGCGACUAUUCACCACGAUGUUUGUACGCUUGCACUUGACAAAGGGACUUCUUUGAUUCUUAUUCCUUUCCACAAGAGACUUCAUUCCGACRGCGUGUUGUCAUUGUGUAAAAGUAAGAUGAGGACAGUUAACAAUCACAUCAUUGACAAGGCACCUUGCUCUAUAGCCCUUAUUGUUGAUCRUGGACUCUUGAAAGUCUCAAGCUCUAUCUCAACAAACUUGCAUUCUUUUCACAUAGCCGUGGUUUUCAUAGGUGGACCAGACGAUCGUGAAGCAAUGUUCAUCGGGGCAAGAAUGGCUGGGCACCCCAGUAUCAACUUGACAAUAAUCCGAAUAUUGGAGAAUGGGAAUGUAUCGAGUGAUAACGUAGAAGAGAGGAGGCUUGAUGAUGAGGCGGUGAGCAAGUUCCGACAAGUUAUAGUACACAACAACUACAAAGCAAUGUACAUAGAAGAGGUGGUGAUGGACAGCAUUGGAACGGUCUCCAUACUCCGUUCGAUGGGGAACAAUUUCGACCUUGUAAUGGUAGGAAGACGCCAUUGCCCAAGUUCGCAGCUAGUUCAAGGGUUGGUGCUUUGGAAUGAAGUUACGGAACUCGGGGCAAUUGGGGAGGUAUUGGCCUCUUCAGAUUUCAUGGGCAAUGCCUUAAUCUUAGUUGUACAACAACACACAAAAGAGAUUAUUGAAGACCAAGAGAAUCACCAGAAAAAAUAUUUUGUAUAGGACGAUGGAGAGGAAAUUUCCUUCRAUAGCAAAUCAU